AUAGCUCUACCUUCGGCUGUUCCUGUUCUCUUUCGUGCCUACCAAAUGUUUGUUAAAAUGCGCCACCGACAUUUUCAACCAAAUCUGGCGGCGGUGUACGUAAACAUACACUGUUGCAGCUCUAGGAAUGGGUUUUGGAGAUCAUUUAUGUACCUAGAAGCUCGAAGGCUAGAACUGUGGGUUUAUUUGGACUUCCCUCAAUUGUAUAGCCCAACUUCUUGACCUUUUCCGGCCUUCCCUCCUUCCUCCGGCGCCGCUUCUGGUUUUCGGCUCCAAUCUGAAGAAAAACUGAGAAGAAGAAAGAGGUGGAUCUCGAAAACAAACAGAAUAUAGCAACCAAUUUCAUCUUUUGCUUCAUAUUUCUUCACUACCCAUCAAUGCUUAAGAAGCUCAACAGAAUCACUAGGCUCAAUCUUGGGCAUUCUAUCUCCAUCACUGCAGCAUUUAAACAAUACUCAACCCUUCCCUUAAACCCUUAUGCAAACCCCACAGAGCCCUUAACAAAACCCCAGCUCAAGAUCCUGGUUCUCUCCCAAUACUCUCAUGUAAACUUCUCCAACCUUGUCCAGAAUGUCAUUGCUUUGCCCUCUGUCCUCCUCACUGCAUGCCAAAACCUCACCAGCCCUGGCAACACAACGCUAGAGACAACUCAGUUGCUCCCUCAUUUUCUGGAUUCCCUCUCCAAACGCUUCUCCAUAAUUGAAAUGAGUGGUGAAAUUAGAGAAAAUGAGUUUGAUAUUGAGUCUUGCUGUGUCAAAAUGACGCAAUGAAGGAAUAGAGGUGAGCCUCUGGUCCUGCCCAAUUUGAAAUUGAAGGUCUUGAUUGAAGCUAUGAGGAUGGUAUUGGAAAUUGUCUAUGAUGAUCGGUUUGUCACAUUUUCUUAGGGGGGCUGUGUUGGUAUGGGAAGGCACACUGCAAUUAGGUGCCUUAAAAACUCUGUACAAAAUCUAAGUUGGUGGUUUAGUGUUUCGUUUAACCGUGAGAACUUUCAGAAGUGUAACAUAGAUAAAUUGUGUUUGUUUAUUGGGGAGAAAAUUAAGGAUAUGAUGUUGA